GGCUUCCAGCGGCCAAUGGACACGCGCGUGGGAGGGCGAAGCGCAGGCCUGCGCCUUGGUAAAAGCAGCGGGCGUGCGUCGCUCCCUCUCCUACGCAGACAGAAACUGAGAGGGGAGGGGAAGAUUAAAGAAGGGAGAGAGAAAGACACCUUCAGACCUGCUUCACCACUUGUGAAGUGACCCCCCCAACCACCACUCGAAGGAGGGGAGCGGGAGGCUCAAAUAGAUCAUGCUACUAUUUGGAAAAAUUUCCCAGCAGUUGUGUGACUUAAAAAAACUCCAAUGGCUGUGUGACUCUAGAUACUUCUGGAGCUGGCUGAAUGCAGUAUUUAAUAAAGUGGAUUAUGAGCGUAUCAGAGAUGUUGGCCCUGACAGGGCAGCCUCUGAGUGGCUGCUGCGCUGUGGGGCCAUGGUGCGCUACCAAGGCCAGGAAAAGUGGCAGAGGGACUACAACAGCCUCCCAACAGGGCCUCUGGACAAAUACAAGAUUCAGGUUAUUGAUGCCACUGAUUCUUGUAUCAUGGGAAUUGGAUUUGAUCACAUGGGUAACUACCCUCAUUUGUUUCUGGGAAAUUCAGAAGGCCUAAAGCAUGUUGAAAAAAUAAGGUUCUGCAAAUGUAAUUACAUUGAGGAUGACUGUUUGAAGAGACUUAGUCAAUUUGAAAAUUUACAAAAAAGCAUGUUGGAAAUGGAAAUUAUUUCCUGUGGGAAUGUCACAGACAAAGGCAUCAUUGCUUUGCACCAUUUGAGAAAUCUCAAGUAUUUGUUGUUAAGUGACCUUCCAGGAAUAAGAGAAAAAGAAAAUCUUGUUAAAGCCUUUAAGACUACACUGCCUGCUCUGGAACUGAAAUUAGAGUUGAAAUAAUAAUAAAUCUUGCUGGAAAAGUA